AUAUACUAAAACUGAAACAAGAAGAUAUAUAAAAUCUGAUUAGGCAUAUCUACUAAGUAAAUUAAACUUGUUAUUAAAGAAACCUUUCCAGUCCAAUUCACACUUGUGAAUUCUUCCAAAAUACUUAUAGAAGAACUAACACCAGUUUUUGCAGGCUCUUUCAGAGAAUAGAAAAAUAGGAAAUGUUUCUCAAAUCAUUUCAGUGCUAGCAUAACUUCAGUGGGUUAUGACAUCCAAACCUGAAUAAGACAUUAUAAGAGAGGAAAAGCAGAGGCCAAUCGCAUUUAUAAACAUAGACGGGAAAAUUCUAAACAAAAUAUCAGCAAAUAAAAUUCAGAAAUAUAUGAAAGGGAAAUAAUAAAUUAUGAGAAAAUGUGUUAUUUUAAGGAUGCAAAUCCAAUUUAAUAUUUGAAAAUUAAUAUAAUUAGUUACAUGGACAGAUGAAGAAAAAUAUGAUUAUCUCAGUGAAUACAGAAAAAGUCCUUUGAUAAAAUUCAGCCCACAUUCAUGGUAUUCAGCAAAUUCAAAAUAGAAGGGAACAUUCAACUGUAUUUUAAAACCUACAGGAAAAAUUAUCUUUAAUGGUAAAUCAUUGAAGUUUCCCUUAGUUAACAAGAAUGAGAUAAGGAUGCCUGCCUUUACUAUUUCACUUCAGUAUUAUACCAUACAUCCUAACCAGUGGAAUAAGGCAAAGAAAAGAUAAAAGGCACAAUGAUUGAAAGGGGAGAAAUAAGAAUGUCUUUUUAAAAAAAUGACAUGACUUUAGAUAUAAAAAGUGAUAAGGAAUCUAUUGAUGAUUAGGAUUAAUAAGUUAGCAAUUCCACUGGAUAUAAAGUAGCAUACAAAUAUAAAUUGUAUUUCUGGUAACAACAAAAAUCAUAAAAUUUAAGAUUUUGAAUAUAAUUUACAAUAGUUAAAAAAAUACCACAUGUCUAGAAACAAAUCUAACAACGUGUGUAUGACUUAUAUACUGAAAAACUAUAAAAUAUUGAGAAAAAUUAAAGACCUAAAAUAGAGGGAUAUAUAAUUUUCAAUAAUUGGAAGACUCGAUGUUGGUAAUAUGGCAAUUCUCCCCAAACAAUCUAUAGAUGGAAUAAAAUUCUAAACAAAAUUUCAGCAGAUUUCUUUGUGAAAAUCAACAAGCCAAAUCUAAAAUUUAUAUAGAAAUACAAAGGGAUAAUAAGAACCAAAACCAUCUUGAAGAAAAAGAAUAAAAGUGGAGGACUUCUUUCUGUGCUCACACCCCUGGCGGUUCCUGCACCUCUACGUACCGCGGAAACGCUCCGCCAGCAACCGCAUCGUCAGCGCCAAGGACCACACAUCCACCCAGAUGAACGUGGCCAAGGUUGAGAAGAUGACAGGCAGGUUCAAUGCCAGUUUAAAACCUAUGCCAUCUGCGGGGCCAUUCCCAGAAUGGGUGAGUCAGAUGACUCCAUCCUCAAACUGGCCAAUGCUGAAGUCGUUUCAAAGAACUUCUGGAAAGGAUCUUGGAUGUGGGUAUUUGUCAUAUAUAAAUAGUAAGCCCCCCAAAAGUGGAGGAUUUACCUAUCAGAUAAUAAAGCCUAUUAUAAAGAUAUAGUUAUUAAGACAAUAUCGUAUUGCAGGAUAAAUGAAGAGAAAAAUUGAAGAAAGGGUCUUGAACAGACCUAUGGUCACCUAGCUUACAACAAAAUGACACUUCAGAAACAAUACGGAAUGGAGCUUCUUUUCAGUAGAUAGUGCAAAGUCAUUUGGAUAUUUUUAUGAAAAAAUAAUGUAACCCUAACCUCAUUCACAUGAAAAAAUCAAAUUCAAGAAGAUUAUUGCUCUAAAUGUGAAAAGCAAAGCAACUGAUUUAAAAAAUAUACAAGAAUAUUUUCAUGAUCUGGGGAUAUAUGCAAAGAUUUAAAGAGAACACAAGCCCUAACCAUAAAUGAAAAAUAUUGAUAAAUUAGACUAACAGUAAGAAGUUUUGUUCAUCAAAGAUAGCAGAAGAGAGGUGAAAUGCAAGCCAUAGAGUGGGAGAAGAUAUUUGCAAUACAUACUUCUGAAAAAGCAUUUAUACUCAAGAUAUAUAAGGAACUUCUAAUGAUUGAUGGGGAAAAAAUCAAAUACCGUAAAUAGAAAGAGAAACAAAAGACAAGUACUUCACAAGAAUAUACCCUAACGGCCAUUAAACAUGUGAAAAAAGUGCUCAAUUUAAUUAAUCAGGAAGAUGCUAAUUAAAGUUACAAUAUAGUAUCACUACACACCCAUCAGAGCGGUUAAAAUUAAAAGACAGUGUCAAAUGUUGACAAGGACAUGGAGCAACUGGAACUGUCACUUUUUUGCUGGUUUCAGUAAAACCACAUUUGUAAACUUUUGCAAUAUCUGUUAAAGCUAAAUAUACAUGCACAUCUUCGCACAUAGAAGUCUAACUCCUAGGAAUAUAUUCAACAUAAAUGGUCACAUAGAAACCAAAAGACAAGAACAAGAAUGUCGGUAACAGCAUUAUCCAACAAAUCCCCAAACUGGAAAACCCCAGUGUGCAUCACCUGGAGAAUAGAUACAUAGUAGUACAGUCAUACAACAGAAUAAUAUAAAGCACUGAGAAUAAAAUAAAUCAGGACAAUACAUAACAGAUGAAUUUUUAAAAACAAAAUGUCGAGUAAAAGAAGCCAAACAUAAAAGAGAAAUACUACAUAAGUCCAUUUGUAUAAAAGUUCAAAAAAAAAAAAAGAAAAAAAAUCUGUGAUAAUAAAUAUAAGAAGCAUGCUUACCUUUAGGGGAAAGAGUAAUUACCAAACAAAAACAGAAGGGAGCUUCUACGGUUUUGGUAACAUUUUAGUUUUUUAGUCUAGUUUCUACUUACAGGAGUGUGUUCACUUCCUGAAAAUGUAUUGAGUUGUACACUUAUCACUUGUACCCUUUCUGAUAUGUUAUAUUUAAAAAUAAAAAUAACUUUUGUAAAAUGGUAAACUUUUGUAAACAUCAGGUGUCACUUAUUUCUUGAAUGUAAUCAAGAAACCCGACAAUAGGUUUCUUCUCAAAAUGUAUUUUAUGAAGAACACUAAUAUAUCAUUUAGUUUGUUCUGAAAAGUAUUAUUGCACUGAAAGUUAACUCAACAAAUAUUUCUUUAGAAUUUCCAAUGCCUAAGAACUGGAGAUACGAUCGGGCGCACUUCUGUAACUUAAGAGAACUUUGAUAGUAUACCGGUGAUAAUUUGGAAUGAAAUGGCAAAUACUACAUGCCAUAGUAAAUAAGAACGCCUGGUGGCGCUGCAGGCUAGCAGUAUGAAUGAAAGGCUCUGUGGCUGUCCCGGACGCCAUUAAGCUGGGAAUCAGAAGGAGGAGUGCUUCUUAAAAGAAGGAAGCAUUUUAGUAAGAUCUAGGGGCAGAUAUCUUCAGAGGGGACAUCGUUCUAGGGCAAGUCAGUCAGAAAUAUCUAAAUCGAGGUUAUUUAGCCAAAUCAUCUGGGUUGAUUGUAUACAGAGUUGAAGAAACUGCACCUUCUUGAAUUGGGUCUGAACAAUGGAGACUGCGCUAGCAAAAACGCCACAGAAAAGGCAAGUUAUCUUUCUUGCUAUAUUGUUGCUUUUGUGGGAGGCUGGCUCUGAUGCGAUUAGGUAUUCCAUGCCAGAAGAAACAGAAAGUGGCUCCUUUGUGGCCAACCUGGCGAAAGACCUUGGGCUCAGGGUGGGGGAGCUAGGGACUCGGGGCGCGCGAAUCCAUUACAAAGGAAACAAAGAGGUCUUGCAGCUGGAUAUAGAAACCGGGAAUUUGCUGCUGUAUGAAAAACUAGACCGGGAGGUGCUGUGCGGGGCGACAGAUCCCUGUGUACUAUAUUUCCAGUUAUUACUGGAAAACCCUGUGCAGUUUUUUCAGGCUGAUCUGCAGCUUACGGAUAUAAAUGACCAUUCCCCAGAGUUCCUAGAGAAGGAAAUGCCCCUAAAAAUCCCAGAGAGCAUUCAGCCAGGGACCACAUUUCCUUUGAAAAUAGCUCAGGACUUGGACGUAGGUAUCAACACUGUGCAGAACUACACAAUCAGCCCCAGCUCCCAUUUUCACGUUGUCACCCGUAAUCGCGGAGAUGGCAGAAUAUACCCAGAGCUCAUGCUGGACAGAGCGCUGGAUCGGGAGGAGCAGUCCGAGCUCAGUUUAACCCUCACGGCGCUGGAUGGUGGGACUCCGCCCAGGUCAGGCACCACUGUAGUCCGCAUUGAAGUCGUGGACAUCAAUGAUAACGCCCCUCAGUUUUUACAGUCCCUCUAUGAGGUACAGGUCCCCGAGAACAGCCCCCUAAACUCCUUAGUUGUCGCUGUCUCUGCCCAAGAUUUAGAUUCAGGAACAUACGGGAAUGUAGUCUACACUCUAUUCCAAGGCGAUGAAGUUACUCAACCAUUUGUAAUAGAUGAAAAUACAGGAGAAAUUCGUCUGAAAAAGGCAUUGGAUUUCGAGGCAACUCGAUACUAUAAUGUGGAAAUUGCAGGCACAGACGGCGGGGGCCUUUCAGGAAAAUGCACUGUAGCUAUAGAGGUUGUGGAUGUGAAUGACAACGCCCCUGAACUUACCAUGUCGACGCUCGCAAGCUCUACCCCAGAAAACUCACCAGAGACCGUAGUGGCUGUUUUCAGUGUUUCUGAUCCAGACUCCGGGGACAACGGUAGGAUGGUUUGCUCCAUCCAGAACGAUCUCCCCUUUCUCCUGAAACCCACAUUCAAGAACUUUUACACCCUAGUUACAGAGAGACCACUCGACAGAGAGACCCAGGCCGAGUACAACAUCACCAUCACCGUCACCGACCUGGGGACCCCCAGGCUGAAAACCCAACUCAACGUGACGGUGUCCGACGUCAACGACAACGCCCCCGCCUUCAGCCAAAGCUCCUACACCCUGCGGGUCCGCGAGAACAACAGCCCCGCCCUGCACAUCGGCAGCGUGAGCGCCACCGACAGAGACGCGGGCGCCAACGCCCAGGUCACCUACUCGCUGCUGCUGCCGCCCCACGACCCGCACCUGCCCCUGGCCUCGCUGGUGUCCAUCAACGCGGACAACGGGCAGCUGUUCGCGCUCAGGGCGCUGGAUUACGAGGCGCUGCAGGCGUUCGAGUUCGGCGUGCGCGCGGCCGACCGCGGCUCGCCCGCGCUCAGCAGCCAGGCGCUGGUGCGCGUGCUGGUGGUGGACGACAACGACAACGCGCCCUUCGUGCUGUACCCGCUGCAGAACGGCUCGGCGCCCUGCACCGAGCUGGUGCCCAGGGCGGCCGAGGCGGGCUACCUGGUGACCAAGGUGGUGGCGGUGGACGGCGACUCGGGCCAGAACGCCUGGCUGUCGUACCAGCUGCUCAAGGCCACGGAGCCCGGGCUGUUCGGCGUGUGGGCGCACAACGGCGAGGUGCGCACGGCCCGGCUGCUGAGCGAGCGCGACGCCGUCAAGCACAGGCUGCUGGUGCUGGUCAAGGACAAUGGCGAGCCGCCGCUGUCGGCCAGCGUCACGCUGCACGUGCUGCUGGUGGACGGCUUCUCGCAGCCCUACCUGCCGCUGCCGGACGUGGCGGCGGCCGAGGCCCGGGCCGACCCGCUCACCGUCUACUUGGUCAUCGCCUUGGCGUCGGUGUCGUCGCUCUUCCUGGUGUCGGUGCUGGUGUUCGUGGCGGUGCGGCUGUGCAGGAGGAGCCGGGCGGCGUCGGGGGGCGGCUGCGCGGUGCCCGAGGGCCCGUUUGCGGGCCACCUGGUGGACGUCAGCGGCACGGGGACCCUGUCCCACAGCUACCAGUAUGAGGUGUGUCUGAGGGGAGGCUCAGGGACCGGCGAGUUCAAGUUCUUGAAGCCUAUUAUCCCCAAAUUUCCGCCCCAUGGCGCUGUCGAAGAAAUAGAGGGAAACGCCACCUUCCGGAAUAGCUUUGGAUUCAAUUAGGGGGAUCUGAUGGUAAUGUCUUGUGUUUGGCCAUUUAUCUCUAAUUUCCCCAAAUACCGAGUAUGAGAGCGUCGUGGAGAAAAACCCUACCCUCAGGUAUGAUUUCCCUUUUGUAGCUAAUUUAUCCUUUGAUAAACUUUAUCUCGUCUAGUUUUGAAAAACUGAAUUAUUCGUCGUUGCAUCUGUUUACCCAGUGCCACUUCAAAUCUAUGCAUGCUCUUGAUUUUUCUGAAAUGUUUGCUCCUGGGUAUUAGGGUGCGAUAUUUUAAUGAAAUCAAGUAUUGUUUUGCUCUGUAUUCUGUCCGUUGUUUCAUCACACUCGAAGUGUUUUUUGAUGCUAAAUAGCAAAAAUAAAAAUGUUUUUGCAUAAUUUUAUUUUGUUUUCAAAGAAAUACAGGCACAUGAUAAUAUGUGAGAAAACCUGACAAAAGGCAACAAUAUUCUGGGCACCUGGGUGGCUCCGAGGGUUGAGCGUCUAACUC